AUGUCGAACCAGCAGACUCCACCUCCCCAUAUCGAUCGUUAUGUGGUCAUCCAUGUUGCAACCACCUGCGACGAGCACGGCGUCUAUGUGACGAAGGACUCUGCUGAGGUGAUUGAGCUUGGCUGGAUCUUAUUAGACGCCAAGUCACUUGAAGAGAUUCAUCGUGAAAGUGUGCUUGUGAAGCCUAUCAACACCCCUAUUACUCCCCUAUGCACUAGCUUGACGACCCUAACGUGGGAGCAUGUCCGAAAUGCGGGAACUUUUCGAGAUGCUGUCAACCGCUUCGAUGCCUUUGCAUCUGAGCACCUAACCUCUCAGAACCUCGACUUCGUCUUUGUUACCCUUGAUGCAUGGGAUCUGCGUGUUCAGCUUCCUCGCGAGGCUCGCGAUAAGGCCGUCGUACUGCCCCCUUACCUCCAACACUCGAGGACUUUUGAUCUGCGUACCGAGUACCAGCGCUGGCAACAGCAUCAUCCCGAAUCUCUUCCCUUUGGCCCCUCAAUGCUCUCCAACAUAUGCGCAGCUCUUGAAGUUGAGCCAGUGCAAUCUAGCGCGCCUAUCAAACACAAUCUACCCUUCCACCUACAGGCUCUCGCUCCAGCUUCCCCUAGACGCGCCAUGGAAGAAGCCGUUACUCUCGCCAGAGUCUUACGCGGUCUGAUUAGGAAAUCUCAGCCACCACAAGACCAUCCUGACGUAUUAACACGCCCCAUGGAUGCUCGUGCUGACGUUCGUGCCUUUUUGUCGGAGCGAAGUAAGGUCCUGCACAUGUCUGGACUGCCCCACGAUACAACACAGUCUGAACUUGAGAGUUGGUUUACUCAAUUCGGUGGCCGCCCUAUUGCUUUUUGGACCCUGCGCACCCCGGAACAGCAUAAACCCACCGGUACUGGCUUUGCUGUAUUUUCGUCUCAUGAAGAGGCCGCCGAAAGCCUCUGCAUGAACGGCCGUGCUCUGAAUGAGAAGGCAAUUGAAGUAUCACCAUCUUCUAGUCGAGUGCUUGAUCGCGCAGCCGAGAUCCUUACGCCGUUCCCUCCAAGCAAAAACCGACCCCGUCCCGGCGAUUGGACAUGUCCUUCCUGUGGCUUCUCCAACUUUCAAAGACGAACGGCCUGCUUUCGCUGCUCAUUUCCUGCUGUCAGUGCUGGAGGACAAGGUGACAUGGGUUAUGGUUAUGGCUACGGUCCGCCGGCCAUGAUGGGCCCCCCACCUCACCAUGGUGGCCAUCACGGAAACGUGGGCCAUCACGGAGGCGGCCGCAUGGGUGGUAGCGGCGUUGUUCCCUUCAGGGCCGGUGAUUGGAAGUGUGGCAAUGAAGUCUGUGGCUAUCAUAACUUCGCCAAGAACGUCUGCUGUCUUCGAUGUGGCGCCAGUCGUGCAGGUGCUGCGGUAGUUGCUGACUCGGGCUAUCCUUCUCCCAUGGAUAGUGGCUCUAGUUACGGUAUGGGCUCUGGUUCUAUGACCGGAACACCAGGCCCUGGGCCCUUUGCGUCUGCUGCUGGUCCCUUUGGAGCGUCUGGUGGCUAUGGACAUCAUUUUGGAGGCCCACCGAGCACUUACGCCUUGCCCUCCGGUAUUGGUGGGGGUGCGGCACCGUAUCCAUCUCUUAACACUCACUUUGGUCCUGCGCCUGGCUCCCAUUCGGCUGGACCCUUUGAUAGCCGUGCUGCCGAGGCAGCUUUCCAGUCUGCGAGCAACGGCCCAGCCUCCGCUGGUCCUUCUAACAAUUUCUACUCGUCCCAGACAGAAAAUGACCCGUUUGCGUUCCUCUCUUCCGGCAUUGGUAGUUUAUCUGUCAGUGGCGGAGACGCUCGCCAAAAUGGUGCCGGCGCCCCCCCUAGCAAGUCGCCAGCCUAA